UGGAGUCCAAAAGGAAAGCAGUUAGUUGUUGGACGAGAAGACGGUCAGUUAGUACAGUAUGACCCAGAUUUAAAUGAGAAAAGAAAAUGGGAUUCUCCUAAUAUACUCACAUCAGCAGCUUCUGAAGCUAUUGACAUUGUGUGGCUGUCUACAUAUACAUUUCUGGUAGCAUACGUCGCGCUGGGAGCCCAGAACGAGGAUCAACCUACAACAGUCAUGAUAAAUGGAGCGAAAGAUGGACCAGCAACUUAUGUAAAUUUUGAGGACCUAUGUUUUGGCACUGGGGAGGAUAGAGAGAGAAAGUAUCUGUUUAGUUUUGUACAGAAAUGGGAUAUGGUACUGACUGCAUCGAGUAAUGCAGCUGAGGUUGGCAUUGUCGGAAAACAUUUGGAUAAUAAGAGUACAUGGGAGAGAUGGAAUCUGGAUGAUUCAGCCAGGGCAGAGUGUCCACUCACUGAUAGUUAUGCUGAUACAUAUCCUAUGGGACUCUCUGUAGAUUUUUCAUCAGAACGUCCUAUACCUUUAGGAGAUGAGAAGACCCACCCACCCUCGCCUCUGUUGUUGUUACUAUCCACUGAGGGACUUCUGAUACCCUACCAUAUGAUGUAUAUGCACCCGUCUGCCCCUGCUAUAUGUGUACCAGCCCAGCCACUUCAGUCUACAGGAACAAGGCAACCUACAGUUUCAGCAUUUCCCUCCAGCACAUCUUCACAAGGAGCAGUCAAAAAUCUUUUUGGGACUGGAACAACCCAGCCAGCUUUAAAACCAGCUGAAACUAGUUUUGCUGCUGCGUCUAGCUUGGCUGGUUCCUCUUCUGGAACAUCUUCUCCAUUCUCUUUUGGUGGAGGUUUUGGGGCACCAGCCUCAACAAAUGUAGGAGCUAUUCCAAAAUUUGGUGCUGGUCUCAACCUGACUGGUUCCUCUUCCCAGACUGGUACUCCAGCUGCCUUUUCAUUGGCAUCAGGAACUGGGGUACCAGCAGCUAAAACUGACCAAUCGGAAGCAAAGACACAAUCAAAUGCAGGAUUUGGUACGUUUUCUCUGACUAGUUCCACAAACAAGUCGGGAGCUAAUGCUGGCUUCUCAAGUACUUCAACAUUUGGAGCUUCAACCACUCUAGGCGGAAGUUUUAGUUUUGCAACCAGCACACCUGCAUCGUCAGGGUUCCCAGCCAAGACAUCAGCAACAGUCGCAACAGAUGCUGUAGGAUUUAAUACAACAACUAGCACAGCGGGCACUGGUGGGACAGGGUUUGCCUUUGCAGCAAAGGUCACUGACCCAGCUACCCAGAACUCGGGCUUCAGCUUCAAACCUACUGCUCCAGCAAGUAAGGCACCAACCUCUCUGUUUGGUCAAGGUGGUCAGGCACCUACGCCGACAUUUGGUGUGUCUGGUCAAGGUCAAGGUGGUCAGGCACCUACGCCGACAUUUGGUGUGUCUGGUCAAGGUCAAGGUGGUCAGGCACCUACACCGACAUUUGGUGUGUCUGGUCAAGGUCAAGGUGGUCAGGCACCUACGCCGACAUUUGGUGUGUCUGCUCAGGGUCAAGGUGGUCAGGCACCUACGCCGACAUUUGGUGUGUCUGCUCAAGGUCAAAGUGGUCAGGCACCUACGCCCACAUUUGGUGUGUCUGCACAAAAGACGACACCUCAGACAACAGCAAAUGCUGCAAGUUUAUCACUAUUUGGAAAACCACCAACAGAAUCGACAUUGGGUGGAUUUGGUUCAUCAACUACAGCAGCAGUAGCUGCCAGUAAACCAGCUCCAAGUUUUACAGGUCAAAGUUCAGCUUUUAUUGGAAUGCCGUCUGCCACGUCAGGGCGACCUUUACCAAAAUCUGACAGCCAAUCAUCUGGUCUUGGCCAAACAGCUGGACUUUUUCCUCCAAAGUCACCAACAGAAGCCCCUCCCCCUCCAGCUUAUCCAGCCUCAGGGGCGGUACCUCAGUCUCCAAAAUAUGCUCCGCCUCCCAAGGAAACUCCCCCACAGUAUCCUAGUGAUGCACCUCAGUAUGUCAGCAACACCCAAGAUGAGCAGCAAGAUCAAGGGGAGGCAACUGAUGAAGUUGAUAAACAGUUUUCAAAGAGUAUUUUAGAUGAGAUUGAACAUUUUGGGAAAGAGCUAGCAGACUUCAGAUAUAAAGCUAAACGGACACACUUUGUUGUUGGUACUAAGGAUGAUAUGAAGGUGUUGAAACAGCAGACACAAGAAAUGGAAAACUUCUGUAUAGAUAUUAAAACCACUGUACAGGAACAGAAUAAAGAGGUGCAGGAGCAGAAGAAGCUGGUAAUUGACAUGUUUUCUAUGGGGGAAGAAUGUAGAACCAGGCAGCGUAUGAACACUGAUCAGAAAUAUCUACACCUACUGAAGACAAGAGCACUGGAUCCCGGCAGCACGGAGAAAUUACAACAGUUACAGCUUCAAUAUCAGGUGUUGGACCAGGGUUUGAGAGAUGUUGACUUGAUACUAGACACACAAUGGGAAGAUUAUCAGAACAGGAAGAAAAACAGAACAAAUAGGGUACAAAAUCCCACAAAUGAUGCUGUAUACAGAGUAGUGAAGAGUAACAGUAAUCUGAUUACAGCACAGAAGAACAAACUGAGAGAUCUAGAGGAACGAUUAAAACAACUUAAAUUGUACAAUAAAACUUCAGCCUGGAGCAAUAGUUCUUCUACCUUCAAAAGAGGAGACACAACAGCAGAGUUGUCUAACUUGGCAGACUCUCUUCUUUCUGGGAAUCCGGUUAAGUCUGAGAAAGAGUAUUCUAAUGAAGGAGAGAAAAAGGUGAACAGAGACAGGUUAGAGAGACUGAGAGAUCAUUUGUGCAGACGUAAUGUAUCAGUGGUACGCUCAACUAAACCUGAAAACUUGUCAGUGUUAAAGAUACCAGACAAUCAGCUUGGAAGAUUUAGUACCAGACAACCUAAACAACAACCUGCAAUUCUCCAUGGCUCCUCAAGUGCAGGAGACUUUGUCGGCAUGACCAGGCGGACAUCAGCCCCACCGAAUAAAGGAAAAAAGAAUGAUAAUUCCAUGGCACCUGCCCAGACUGUGAGAAACUUAAAUGAGAAAAACAAGCAGGAUCAAGUGAAAGAUAAGUCAGAGAAAGAUGGUCAAAGGUCGCAGUUCUUUAGUCAGAUUAUUGAAAAGAGUACAGAGAAAGGUGGCCAGGUACUGCAGCAAAAGUCACAGACUAAGCCAACAGUGCCUGCCAGUCAAGGUUUUGGUCAAGGUUUUGGUAUGACUUCUAAACCUGCUGGGGGACAAGAACCUACUGGCAUUCCAAGGACAGUACAGGCUGCCCCAUUUCAAAGCACACAAGUGACAAAAGUGAAGGAAAUCAAUGGGAUAAAAUUUGAAGAUAUAACACCGAGUGGAUCGGAGAAUGACAUCGAGGAUACGGAGGAAGACGAUGAGUAUGACGAAGAUUCUAGCGAGAGUAACGAACAAGGGUUCGGCACGCAGUACAAUUUUACAUCAACAAGUGUGCCAGGAGAUGCCAUUACAUCAACACCUGUCACAGUUAAAGCCCCUGGCAAGAAUGCCCAGGACAGUUUUAAAUUCCCCGGUGCUUCAGCAACUAGCACACCUGUUGGAAGGAAGUUGUUUGAAACAGAGGAGACCACACCAGCUGCUGGAUUUACCUUUAAUGCAGGUGGUUCUUCAACAUCUACAUUUGGUGGACAGUCAGAGAGCAGUAAACCACAGACUGGUUUCAAUUUUUCAACUGCGGGGACACCAAGUUUUGGUAGUAAAACAGAGACUGAGUCUGCUGCAAAUAAAACAGAGCAGACCUUGCCAAAAAGCUCCUCUGAAAGUAAACCAGGUAGUGGUCAGAUAACUGGUUUGUUUGGUAAAACUAAACCACCGACAAUCCAAGCCGAGACAAAAUCAGAAACUGUUGUCACAUCAACGAAGCCGGUUGUGCAGUUUGGUCAGCCAACUACUGCCAGUACCAGUUCGGGCAUAUUCGGUCAAGUCAAAACAACACCAGCUCCUGCUCUUUCAUUUGGACAAUCUUCUACAACUAAAGCAGCCAGUGAAGGAAUCUUUGGAAAAAUACCUAGUUCGGGAUCAUCUGUGAUUGGUCAUCCGUCAGAUUCUGUUGUGACAUCGCCUGUUGAGGCAACUGAGGAAUCGGAGGAAAACACUCCGCAAGUUUCAUCUACUGGUAGUUUUGGUCAGCCCACAUCAGUAAGUAAACCUAUGCAAAAUUUAUUUGGCCAAGCUGGGACUUCUGGCUCAGGUUUAUUUGGAAAAUCAGUUACUGCAUCUGCAGGUUCGACAAGUCUUGUUGGACAGACAAGCACACCUGUAACUGCCACGUCAGAUGACCAGUCAUCAGCUGUAACAUCAACAACAUCUAGUGACCGAGGAGAAAAUGGGCAAACAUCUUCAGGUACAACUGCUACAACAGCAAUUGUAGCACCAUUCGGACAGACGUCAAAUAGCUCUGAAGGUCAGAAUUCAUCUUCAGGUACUAGUCUGUUCGGGCAAACUGCGACCACCACUGGGCCCAGUCUAUUUGGUCAGCCAGCAACAUCUUUGGGAACCGGUCUAUUUGGUCAAACUGCAACAACUACCACGGGAACCAAUCUGUUUGGUCAGACAGCAACAACUUCUGGAACCAGUCCAUUUGGUCAAACUGCAACAACUAUCAUGGGAACCAGUCCGUUUGGUCAGACAGCAACAUCUUCGGGAACCGGUCUGUUCGGUCAGACAUCAACAACUUCUGGAACAAGUCCAUUUGGUGUGUCCACUGCUCCUGCAAGCAGUAGUAGUACAUUUGGUCAAGCAACUACUACAACAACAUCUACUGGUUUGUUUGGUCAGACAUCUGGUACACCUUCAACAGCAUCUGGUUUGUUUGGGCAAACGGCAGGAACAUCUUCUUCAUCGUCUGGCUUGUUUGGGCAGACAACAACAACAACGUCUGGAAGUGGAGGCCUCUUUGGUCAGCCUCCAGCUUCUGGAACUGGCUUAUUUGGACAACCAGGUGGAUCACUGUUUGGUCAGACAUCAACAAGUGGGUCAGAAGGACUCUUUGGUAGUCAGACUACAUC